CCUCCACGCUCGCUCCAGCAGCCGCGGCGGUUCCGCACUUCCUCUCUUCGCUCACCACUCCCACCCGUGCGCCGCACGCCCGUUCCACGCCGUCCUUCCGUUCUACUCAGCCCGCGCGCCCCUCGCAUCUCCUUCGCGCCCCUUCUGUUUCGUCCACCUGUUUGCCGCGCGAUACCCUCUUUGUCUUGCCGCUCGCGCUUGCCUCUGGCGUCACCACUGCUGCGCUGCACCCAAACUCCGCGCGCACAACCUCCCGACACGUACAUAGUCCGCCGCUGCACCGCACAGCCUCCUCCCACCUCCAUCACCUCCUCCACCUCCACCUCCUCCACCACCUCCACCCACCGCACACAUGGCCACACCGGCAGCCACCAAGCGCCUCACCAAGGAGUACGCCGCCAUCGCCAAGUCGCCGCCGCCCUACAUCGUCGCCCACCCGUCCGAGAAGAACAUCCUCGAGUGGCACUACAUCCUGACCGGCCCGCCCGAGACCCCGUACGAGGGCGGCCAGUACUGGGGCACCCUCAUGUUCCCGCCCGACUACCCCUUCGCCCCGCCCGCCAUCCGCAUGCACACCCCGUCCGGCCGCUUCCAGCCCAGCACGCGCCUGUGCCUCAGCAUCUCCGACUUCCACCCCAAGAGCUUCAACCCGGCCUGGGAGGUUAGCACCAUCCUCACGGGGCUGCUGAGCUUCAUGACCAGCGAGGAGAUGACCACCGGCAGCGUGCGCGCCAGCGAGCACGAGCGCAAGCUGUUUGCCCAGCGCACCCGCUGGUGGAACUCCACCGGCGGCGGCUCCAAGCAGACGGCCGCCCCGAGCACCUCCGCCCGCGGCAUCGGCGGCAUCAAGGCCGGCGACGGCGGCGCCAAGUUCCGCCUCGAGUGGCCCGACGUCGACGACGAGAAUCUCAAGUGGAUCAAGGACAAGCACAUCGACCCCGUCACGGGCCUGCCGCGCGCCGCACAGCCCGCCGCUCCCGCACACUGCCCGCCCGAGGUUGCCGGCCUGCGCCGCCGCCCCAACGGCAGCGCCACCACCGUCGUGCAGGAUGCCCAGAUCGCCCGCGAGGCCGGCCAGGGCUAUCUGAGCCGGAACAAGUGGAAGAUCAUCUUCGGCACCAUCCUCGCCUACAUCCUGGUGGCCAGGGUGCUGGGCGACGGCGCCGUCGCAAACGCAGCGCAGGCUUGAGCGACAAACGCAGCGCAGGUCUGAUUUGGGCUUACGCCGUGAGACAGCAAGGGAUAUAGGAACAGGAAUUUUGGGAGGCAUAGCAUGGGCACGGCGUUUUGAUUUGAAUACAACGUGAUAACACGCAUCACACACCACACAUCGCGCACGAGCGAUACAUGUAAUCCGGUGUUGGUCUGGUUCUGGUUCUGGUUGCCAUAGACCGGUUAGAUAGAUAGUAAACCACCUAAAACCACC